GUGACUGACUAUUCGAAUUGAAUACUACUUUGUUGGUCGUUGUAGCGGUGCUUGAGAAGUGCAAAAAAUGGAUAUCUUGCGUAAAAUGUUCAAAAUGAACGAGAAGGAGUCAUCAAGCUUGAACGGAACCGAUCAUAAGGACGAAGCAACGGCAAAGGACGAGUUUCGCAAACCACAGUGGUUCGAGGAAGCGGAAACUGAUGAUGAACUAUUCGAUGAUAAUCGUAAGUUUGCUUUUCAAAUUUUCACAAAUCCUGUAGAGUUGCAGAAACACUUCGAGCGGCAAAUGCAACAAAUUUUGGAAGCAGUUAGUGAAUUUGAAGAUAGUGAUGUUAAAAUCGAUAAAGAUUUAAAGGAAGAUUUUCUAAAGCCAGGAUUUGAAAAUAUUGACAUUUUGAAAGAGUUUGAAAAAAAGAAGGCCGAAAUCAUGGAUACUGAUUUGGAUGGCGAAAUUUAUGCUGAUCAAUUGCAUUCAUUAAUGCAACGUUUAUCACCCAAUGAGGAAUUGCCAAACAUUUUGCCACGCAAUGACAACAAAGCUAUGCGUAAUCCUAUACGUAAGCAAAAAUUGAGCGACGAGGAGAAAAUUUUGGGCAAAAUACAUGGUACCCUGGAUAAUGAAGACGCACCGAAGCAGCCACGUAUGCCGCGCGCUCGUCCUGACAUGAUGACACCAAUGACACCGAUGAUACCACGUGGUCCAGCACCAUUUGGUGGAGGAGUUUUUGAAGGGACUUACCAGGGUCCGAAAAUGUUCAGCCAGAGUGUAAUGUCUAAAACUAUACGUAAACCGGAUGGUAGUUAUGAGACUACAAAGGUCACCAAGGACUCUCAAGGUAAUACAACAACAACUAUAACACGUACCAUUGAUGGAAAAUCCGAGACAAUUACUACGUAUGAUAAUGCUGGUGGUGCCGGUGUCAUCAAACAAAAGGAGGGUGGCAUCGCCAAAUCCGAAGAGUAUUCGGAUCGUAAUAUUUACGUAACAAAAGAAGGUUACGCCGUACCAAGGAACCUCUGGUGACCAGUGGUGCUUAUUGGCCGAAUCCUUGUUGGCAACUUAUUACCCGUCUAUAUUCAAAUUCAGAUAUACUAUGUAUUAGUAACUAGAUCCUUAAGUGUUUGGUGUUUUAGAUGAAAUUCAAUUGAGGCUACAGAAAGCAGAUAGCAUUGCAUGAGCAGCAGCGGCAGCAAUAAUGACAGCAACAACACGGAUGACCGCAGCAUCCACAACUAUAACCGAAACAAAUACAGAACAAGUAUGGUAGACAUACACAGGUGAAUUUGACUUAAAUAUUUGUCCAUCAUUUGAUGUAAAUUGGAAUUGUGUAAACGAUUUACAUAGGAUGUUCACUUAUUGAUGCUACACAAUCAUACGUCUAUAAUCUCAAGUGUACAAUUCUAUACUGGUUCUGUACUGUUUUCAUGGAAUUUAUUUCGUAUAUCUUAAUAUUUUAAUUUGAUUACGAGCAUCUUCAUGGAGCGUAAACAGAACUUUGUGAUUUAUUUCGGGGACGUAUAUCUCUGGAUCAAACAAUUGAUCAUAAGAAUUCACUAUGAUUGUUUGAUGAACGCUAGCGUCAGCGACAGGGUGAGCUGAGAAAUGAGAAUGUUGUUUAUUUGUUGAAACGAUUUACGUUUAACAUAUAUACACACACACGAAUGAGUCGCCCAACUGCCUAGCUGUCACAUUGAAGGGCGGUGUAGUUAGAAUUCGGUGGUAUUUAAAAAAAAAAAAAUAUUCGAAUGAAACAUAUCGACUCGGAAUAUGUUAAAUGACAGUUAGUUAGGAGACAACGGUUGACAGCGAUUAUGAAUAUUACACAAAAGUAUUUUUUCUUUGAUUCUUUAGUUAGCACGAAUUAAUUCGUGAUAUGGAUUUUUCUAAGUGUGGUUGGUUGCUUUCAAUUGAAGGAAUUUGAGCGCGAUGAUAUCUCAAUAAUUACUUUUGUCAUAUAUAAUACUUUACGAAUGUAGUUUGUGAGAAAAUGAAUAUUGGGAUACUGCAGUACUGAGUUUCAAUGAAAUCCAUCUAAAGUGCAAGAACAAAGAAAGAUGUUUAAACAUAACAUCAUAUAUACAUACAUAUUUACUUAUGCUAUAUACACAUACAUAUAUUAUAAAUCCUUCAUCUAAGUUAAUAUUCAUUCUCAAAUGCGCAUUGGCGCUUGAUAUCAUUUAGCUAUAAAUAUUUGUUUUUCAUAUGAACAUAUAAUACCUAUUGGCAACCAUAAAGACUUUGAUAUUAUUUUGUAGUAAUUUUAAUAUUAACUGUGUAAAAUAUAGUUUUAAAACUUUUGACGAAAUUCAAAAAAAGUUAACAUAUUGUUUAUUUUUUUAAACGUACAUAGUAUAUACAUUUAUGCUUUGUCAAUAGAUACAUAUUUGUUUUGAAAUCUUAAACUCUUUAAUAUGUAUCGACAUGCAUAAAUGCUACAUACCAAUUAAAUUAACUAAGUUAAGGAUUAUUUCUUAAAAUUUAUAUGCCAUAUUUGAUUUGGUUAUUUAUGAACCACAUUUCAGUGUUCUACAUAUAUUUUAACAGUUGCAAAUAUAAUUUAACGUACAGAUAUUUGUAUCUACUUAAAACAAUUAAAAAAAUAUAUAUUAUCUACUUACAUGUGCAAUUAAAAUUGUUUUAAAUGUUUUUCUUUUUUAUUUAAGGCGUUGAUUUUCUCUAAAUAUAAAAAUAAUAACAUCGAUAUCGUUGAGGCAGAAUAUUGCAUUUACAUAUAUGUGUAUAUUAAGUUCUGGUUUUAAUAGUAAUAACAAAUAUAAACGAGGUGGAUUUGUUUAUACAAAUCACAGUGUUAGUAUAUACUGAGGUAUUAGUCGGCACAAAUAGAUUUAGUGUUUUGAGAUGUCUGACGAAAUAUUGUAUCUUAAUCAUUUCUUAAAUUCACUUUUUACUUUAUGCGCUUCUCCGAGUAUAGCAUCCGCAAAUUCUGUUUUUACAAAUGAUUUCAAACAAUAAUGACACCAAUGCUUGGUAGGUUUGUCCUAGUAAAGUUAUACAUAUAUGUAUAUUUAUUUUUGUUUUGUUUUUAUUUAUUUAUAAUUUACCAAACAUAUAUAGACCCUUGGAUGACCCAGUGCACCAUCGCCAUCACAAUGUACUACACGUUCUGGCGUUAUUAUAGUUUCUAUUUCAUGUGCGAAUACGGCGCCCCAGUUCUUGUUUACCCAACGUUUAGCGUUCAUAAAACGUACAUUUCGGUAGUCAUCCUCUGCCCAUAACUGCGUAGAUAGUGUACUUAUAAGUGUAAUAGUUUCACAUAAAUAUUUGGAUAAUAUGUAGUACUUGUCCUGUGUGUGAUACUUCCUUUAGAUCACUUCGCAAACGUAUCAAAUGAAAAUUUACAAAUCUCUUAUGUUUGAGAGCAUCUUUUAAAAAUUUAGUCGUCCACAUUUUUUUAAUUCCAAUAAAAACAAAAUCUAAUAUUAAAAUUGAUAUGUCUUUACGACUUUUAUUACCCUGUAUACUUGUUAAAAAUUUCGUAAAUAUAUUCUGAGGAAGACUUACCGUGCUAUUAAUGCUUUUUCUUUUAAAUAAUUUUUUUUUAUAAUAUAUACCAACUAAACGGUUUAUCAAUAUUGAAACUUCUUAGUACUCGCAAAUUAAUUAAACAUCACAUUUGCAUUUUAUAUAUCGCCAAACUCAAGUAUCAAUAUUAAAAGCAAUAUUUUCACGACUAAAAUCAAAAUCUAUGGUGAUUCGUUUUCAAAAUAUUUAUUCACAGAGACAAUUCAAAUCAAUAAUUCUCCCACUUGUAUUUUUCCACAUUCAACUUCUUCCAACAAUAAAAUUUAAUGGUGGUGUCCCUCUUUCUUUACAAAUCUAAGACCACAAUAUCCACAGAUUUGAGGACCCGGUUUAUCCUAGACGAGGAAAUAUGAAAAAAACAUUUAAUCGAAACUCGCAAUAUAAACAAACAUAAACAUGCAUUAAAUACACUUAUAUCCGCUUACCAAAUUUAUGUAAAUUUUAGGAUGACCCAAGUUCGCAUCACCGCCAUCACAAUAGACAACACGGUCUGUAACUUCAAUUGGUGGUACUUCAUCGAUCAAAUUGAUGCCCCAAUUUUCGUUCACAUAUCGUUUGGCAUUAACAAAUCGCACAUUGCGAUAAUCUUCCUUGUCAAAAACCUAAAUUACAAAAGUGCAUUAGUUUAUUAUGUGUAUGCAAAAACAAAAUAGAAAAUAUGUAUAAUGUUUGCGUAAUAGGCUGAUGGUUUGAUGAUAUACACCUGUCCAGUGUGUGUGGAUUUUUCUAAAUCAUUGCGUGAGUUGCUAUAAUUGCGGCUUGAAUUGACGAUAGAUGAGCUCAGAACACGGCUAGUCGAAUUACGACUUAAAAGUUGUAGCCCACUGUAGAGUUUUGUACACGCCAUGACUUUUUUAAUUCCUAACCAACUGCAAAUCUGUUGAAA